GUAAUUCUAAGAAUGUACUUUUAAACGGUCGCCGCACAUGUCAGUCGCUGCUGUAAUGAGAGGAACGUGUACGGAACGAACGGCAAUCGCCUGCUAUGAUGUAAUAAGACAACUACUACCGUAUGGUAUGUACGUGUUUACAUCAGCAAACAGCUGUUAUCUUAAUUAUACAACAAUGAACGUUAUUGAUGGGGUUGAAAGCAUAAUGAGAACUCUGCCAACACUGGAUUCAUACACAUCAACAUAUUUCACCUUUUCAGACUCUCAAACAUCACAACAACAACACAACAACAACAACUACAACAACAGCAACAACAACACCUGCAACAAUAGUAACAACAAAUAUCGUUACAAUUAUAAACUGCUGUGAUAUAUUCUACACUAAUAUAUUCUUGUACUGCAAUUAUAUCAGUCGAAGAUUCGCUACAUACAUAUCUUUCCAUUCCAGUACCAAGAAUCUAAAUUUAAUUAAUUAAUUAUCAAAUACAAGACAACUGUGAUUCCAAUUUUUAUAUAUACUUGCUGCAUUUCACGAAGUCAAAAUGGUUUCAAGAACAUCGCCAAAUGUCUUAGAACCGUCUGUAACGGUGAAAUUCUUAGGAGCUGGUACAGCUGCCUGUAUUGCUGAUUGUGUGACAUUUCCACUGGACACAGCCAAGGUCCGGCUACAAAUUCAAGGAGAAACUGGAAACAAAACCAGUAAACUCGGAGUAUCGCCAAUAACAGAGAAACAGGCAUUCAAAUAUAAAGGACCAAUUGGCACAAUCAGAGUGAUUAUUCAAGAAGAAGGUGCACGUGCUCUUUAUAAUGGCAUCAUUCCAGGUUUACAACGACAAAUGAGUUUUGCAUCUAUUAGAAUUGGUUCCUAUGACAGUUUUAAAGAAUUUUAUGGUCGUCUUUAUGGAAACAAUCCCCAAAAGCAACCAUCCUUUGUUGCCAAAAUGUCAGCUGGAGUGACCUCUGGUGCGAUCGCUAUCAUGAUUGCCCAGCCCACUGAUGUUGUCAAAGUUCGUAUGCAAGCUCAAAAAGCUGGUGUACCAGCUCGUUACUCUGGUACAUUGAAUGCCUAUAAAACCAUUGCCACCACGGAAGGUGUCCGAGGUUUAUGGAAAGGAAUGGUUCCUAACAUUGCCAGAAAUGUUGUCAUCAACUGCUCAGAGUUGGUCACCUAUGAUAUUGUCAAAAACUUCAUUAUCUCCAGAAAUUUCCUCUCAGACAAUUUACCCUGUCAUUUUGUGUCAGCAAUAGGAGCGGGUUUCUGUGCCACUGUUGUGGCAUCUCCUGUAGAUGUAGUGAAAACUCGUUACAUGAAUUCCAGUGCUGGCCAAUAUACCGGAGUCUUAAACUGUUCUUCACAAAUGUUUAAAGAAGGUGGUUUUAUUGCAUUCUACAAAGGAUUUUUCCCUUCUUUCCUGCGACUUGGUUCAUGGAAUAUUGUUAUGUUCAUCUGUUAUGAACAAAUUAAGAGAAUUCUAACCAACAAUAGGCAAGUCUUGGCUCAUUAGAUACCACCACCACCACCACCACCACCACCUUCUCCACCACCACCACCACCACCACCACCGUCAUCAUCAUCAUUACCGCUAAUUAUAUUACGACCGUUUACUUGAAUAAUCAGUCAAUGCCUCUUCUUACUUCCGUUGUCUUCUCCUUUGUAUAUUCUGACCAAGAGAAGAAAAGAGGAAAUGAAAAAAAUAAAAAUAAAAUAUGAAAAAAAAAAAGGAAAAAAAAAAUUAAAAAACAAGCAAAAGCUGUUUUGUGCUUUUUGAGGAACUAUUUACCCGAAUGCAAAGAUGAGGAUUUAGCAAACAUUAUUGUCUAAGAAUCGGUUUGAAAGUUUCAUCCAAAGGAACAGUUUUCAGUAGCACAUCAAUACUAACUAUCACUCCUCCUCCUCCUUCUCAUCCUAUUUCUGCUACUGACACUCAUCUAUUUAUUUUUUUUUUUUUAAUUUCAUUUUAAACUACGAUUGGUUGAACACAGGAAUCAAUAACUGAUUGGUUCAUUGAAUUUCUGACAUUGAGAAACACAGACAGAGCUAGAGAGGGAGAGAGACAGACAGAAAGACACAAGGGAGUGUCUGUAACUUGAUGCAGAACAAAUAUUACAAGGCAUAAGACUUUAUUUGAAGCUGCACCAAUUUGCUAUUUUUGUAAUUGAUAUUUACAUAUUUUGCCUGGAUACAUGCAUAUGUAUAUAUAUAUAUAUAUAUAUAUAUAUGUAUAUACAUACAUAUGUAUAUACAUACAUGCAUGUACACCUGCGUCUUGGGCUUGCAAACAAGUUUCUAUCUCUCAAAUUCCUCUGACAAGGCAAUGAUCAAAUCAAGGCCAAACUUCAUGACACCAACCCAGAGUGGCAAAGGCUAUGCACUGGAAUUGAACCCUGGACCCUUCUGGUUGCGAAGUGAACUUCUUGACAACGCAGUCAUGUAUGGUUGUUGCUAACCCUUCUACUAAUACAAUGAGAAAAUGCCGGUGAAGUCCCCUUGCUCCCAAAACAGUAUUUCCUCACUUGAACUGGAGAAACACAAACGACACACUUGUGGCAUUUAAUAAAAUUUCUUUGCUGUUGUUGUUGUUGUUGUUAAACCCCAGGUCAUCUCUGACUAAAGUAGUCCAGUCAUGACCACCCUGUCAUUUUGUACAGUUCGGAUUACAUGGUCCUUUGUUUUUUUAUUGGAUGGUAGGGUGCAAUUUGAGAGAGAUGUAGCUGUUAUUUCUUGCAGGCUGAGGUAUUUGUUGUUGUUUAGCCCAGAUCAGCUCUAUUUGAACAACAGAUCUAUGAUUCAUAGGCUUUCCAGCUGUGACCAUCCCACCAUAAUCUUAGAUAUAGUGCACCCAAGAUCACAGUUCAAUAUGCCCUUCCAUUUUUUUAAGAAGGCAAAUUUGCUUUUCAAAACUUUCACCAUCUCAAAUGAAGAAUGUGUCUGUAUGGAAGAUAUAAUCAGAAAGAUGGUUUGUUUAUGAAGCAGUUUGUAGGUGCAUAGCCACCAAAUCAACCCUCAAUCCAGCAGACCCAUGCACAACAAUGUUCCAGCCAUGACCAGCCCAUCUGUUUUCAGACACAUUUCUCUUAUGUGAGACUCUGUUAUCCGCUUUAUCAUUUAUGGUAAGCGUUGCUUUGAGGGACAUUUGGUUGCUGCUUUUUCUAACAGAUCAAGCAAUCCACUCAUAGAUUAUGCAGAGACCAUAAUAGAGGUUCUGUUCUUUGGAUUCUUGAUUCUAAACAUUACUCUGUUGACAUGCAGAGAUAUACACACACAUGAACCAUAGUUUAGUUUGUUCAAACUAAACAUUUUACUAUCUGAAUCCCACUUAUCUGUGAUCACUUGAAGCGGUUUGAGCCCCAAACUCUUGGACAUUUCAUCUCCUCUUCCUCCUUCUCAUCCUCCUCCUCCUCCCUUCUUCCUCCUCCUCCUGUUCUUCUUACUAAUGUAUAUGCAAACCAAAUUUCAUAUGCCAACUGGUUUAACACAAUUACCUGGUCCUUAUGGAGCAUUUAGCAGAGUUCACAUGGUAUCAAUUCUCUGACCCAGAAGAACCCCCAACCCACCUAUCUUGCCAAACCCGGUGCCCCAUUGAAACUACAUGUUUUUUUACUAUUUCUAAUUUAUAUCCAUUUUCCCUGUAGAUGUCUUAGCAGUACCUCACCAUUUUACCUGAUUCUCUACCCCCUGUUUCUGCUGGAACCAACUCUCCUCUUACUGCAACCUCUCUCCUUACUCUCCAUGUUUCCUUAUCUCCUGUCUGAAUACAUUUCUCUCAUGUGAAAUAUGUUCUGUACCUCUCAUCACACAGGAUGUUUGAAAAGCACUCCAGCCAAGCAUAGGCAUGACUGCGACGACAACAACAACAACAACAACAAUAGCAAAGUCAACUGCACUGUAAUAUUCGAGGCUUAACUACAACCAUGUGAUGAUGACAACAACUGCAAGCAUGACGAUGAAAAAAUAGUAAUAAUAAUAAUAAUAAUAAUAAUAAUAAUAAUAAUAAUAAUAAUAAUGAUAAUAAUAAUUUCUUUUAUUGUCCAUGAGUGUUCAAGAUAUUGGGGACCAUACAAUGGUAGAAUGAGAAUGACAAAGAAGAAACGUCGAGGAAUUCACAUUGAUUAAAAGGCUGAGAACAACAAUGGUAAUUAAUUAAAAGAAAAGAGCAAUAGCUAACAAUGUAACACAAUAAUAUAACAACAAGGAACUGUGGGAUAUGUGGAGUAAACAGGUGAGGUCACUGAUGAUGAGAGCAAUAAUUAACAAUACCUGACAAUAAUGAUGAAAAUAUAUCCUAAAGUAAUAAUUAAUAAUGAUGAAAAGACAUUAUCACUGGAUGAUGAAUUUCUGCCAUUGAUUUUAGUGUGUGAAUGCCCUGAUGUUCAGUUGAUUGGACAACUUAUUGAAUUAGUGAACAACAUAGCUGAGUAUUCCACAGACAUGCAUGCCAUUCAUAUAAUUCUCAGACAUGAUCAGUGUGAUGCAAAUAUGACAAGGUUAGGCCUUUGGAUUGCUGGAACACUCAACCAGAUGGACUUCUCAGUGGUUUCUGCUCACUGAAAUUGCAUUCACAAAGCCUGGAUUGACCCAAGGCUGUAGUAAAAACAUUUGGUCAAGAUGCCACAAUGUGGGAUUAAAUUCACCUCUUGGCCACACAUACAUAUACACAUUGAAAUAAAUGAUAACAAUAUAGCAAAAAAAACAAAACAAAUAACAAAGCAAAACAAAAACAACUGGGAUUUAUAGUCAGUAACUGAUAUGGAUUGUGAUGACUCUUCCAAUCCAUACCAGGUUGAAAAGUGGAUGUAAAAUGCUGAUAAAAUAACAACAAUGUUACAAAAAA